AUGUCUCACUAUGCUCUUCGGGGUCAGAUCAUGGCCUACUGCAAUAGUCUGAGGGCCCUGCUGGAAGAUUUCCCUACCGUCAGGGACACCGUUUUCAUGGUGGGGCAACCGCAAGAGAAGAAGGGGUUGAGGGAUUCCAAGAAGGGCUGCAAGGAUGACCUCAGGAGUCCUCAGCCCCGGCCCCGGUGUCUGCUGUCCGCUGACGGGAAAGUCUUCCUCAACUUAUGGUUCAUACCUCAUCCUUCUGAAGUGCUGGUUAUGUUCAAAACUCUGGCAGAAAAGGCAGCAUUUAGAGCCUUAAAGCUAACGCUACAGCUGAUCGCUCCUCUCCAUGACAUUGUGGCCUACCUUUUCAGUUUCGCUAAACUUGGGAAUUUCCCAGCAUGCUUUGAAUUUCCUCUAAGUCCUAACCCUUUGAGAGGUGACUGGGGAGGAACUGAGGGCAUUGUGUCUGAGCUUCAAGGGCUGCAGAAAAUGAUUGACAGCCUCGAGAGUCCCCAAGACCCCACCCAGGUGUCCCAGGCACUCCUGCUCCGAAGGGAGGUUAUGUUUCUGCAAUUUGAUGCUGCAGUGAGGCACCUCACCCGAACGUUUCUGACAGCUGGGAAUGCUCCUGCCGCCCAGUCGGUCACAGACGGCUCGUGCCACGGGCUGCCACCGCUGAGCAACGCACUGGUGAGGAGCAUUUUUGCUUCACAGCUCAGCCUGCCCCCGCCGCUGGAUCCACAGAGCCCCCAGGCAUCUGUGCUGUUCCCUUGGAGAGCAUUUCUAGAAGAUGGAGGACCAUUUCCAGUUAUUAGUAGCAGCCCAGAUACCCUGGAAUAUAACAUGCAGCUGUGCCUCUGUAGGUUGGGUGACCAUGACCUCAAGGUGGCUCAUGGAGAGCUGGUGGACAUGCAACUGCUAAUGGAAGAUGUACUUCUGAGUAGUUAUCAUAUGAUCGCGGAGGGCCCCCCAGGACGGCAGGGCACACUAGACAAAAAUACGCAGCCAAAUUUGCCCAGAGCGUCAGGAUUCGGAAGUCAGUUCCAGAGCAGCCCAAAGGCCCCCUGGCAUCUGGGAGGCCCGUGUGAGGCAGUGGUGUCCCUUGCUUUGCUGAGAUCGUUUCUGGUGCUGUGGAAGCAGCUGGAGGUGCUGAAGGAGCAGUGGGGCCGGCUCAGGCUGGGAGGCCAGGACAUCACUUCUGUCUCUCUGCACAAACAGUUCUCGGAGCUCUACGAAACUGACAUUCUGUACCCCAGCAUGAAAGCUAUAGCCAGGAGGAUGGGGCAAGAAGAUGCAUUUGAAGAACUUAUAAUAAGUAGUCAGUCUAUUCUCCCCCCCGAAGGAGCCUCGGAAAUUGAAAUAAAGACUCAGCAGCUUCAGACACUGCUGGAAAACCUUGAAAUUCAUAUGAUCCAGGAGGUAUUAAGACAAGUUAACAGAGAGCUAGCACUGGUUGUGUCAGAAAAGUCCAAGGAGCAGCCUACUCUCCCCACAGACCUUUGGAAAUGCCAAGUCAUGAAAGAAAACUUCUCAGUUAUCAGACCACAAAUAGUUGAAAAAUUUAUGCAGAGAUUAAUGGAGAAUUACCAGGAUGGUGGACUAGAGAUCACUUUCAGGAAAGACCACCUGGAGGCCUGCCUCCUUUCCCUGGGGUGUGAUGUGAUGGCGCGGGAACGCAGCAACUUCGAGAGCUACUCCAUGUGUUACGAGCAUGUGCUGGAGCACACGAGGCUGAAGCUCAGUCAGAAGGAGCAGGAAUUAGAUGUUUUACGAAGAGGUCAGAGUCCACCUGAGGAUAAUGCUGGCCAGGUUGCGGAGCUCAGUCAUGAUAUGAUCAUGGAAAUCACUGCUCUGAGAGCCCGCCUCACGGAUUUGGAAGAGGAGAAUCUGAAUCUCGAAAAGCAAAUCAGAAAAGAAGUGCAAGAAGAAUAUGCAGAUUUAGUCAAAACCUUGUUUAUGGGUUGUUUACACAUGAAAGAGAAGUUGCAUGAGAAUCAGCUUAAUUUGAUCCAGAAAGUGUGUGAGCUCAUCAGCGAAGUGAGAACAGAAUGGAUGGAUCACAUGAAGGACCUAAAGAAAAAAUGGGGCUCUGCCAGACCUGAUGAAGGAAUGAACGAAAGCGCAGCCAAAGAGCAGCUGCGGGACUUGGAGCAGGAGAACUGCAGCCUGGCCGCCCUGGUGUGCAAAGUGAGGAGCCUGGGCCGCUGGAGGCUGGCUGUGCAGCAGGCUCGCUUCCGGGGCCAGCUGAGCAGGGCCCAGAAGGAGGCUACACAAAGUAAAAAGGAGUGUGUGAGCACCAAGCUAAUGGCAGAACAAGAAGUGGUUUUAUUUCGCCAACAGCUACUGGCCCUGAGGCAGGCCCUGGCCCGGGCUCAGGCCCACAACGUGAGGAUGUGCGAGCAGCAGGAGAGCCAGGCCCGAUUGCUGAAAGAAUUGGAACACAAAACGACCCAGGAAUCUCUCCACCGGCAGCAGCUGGAUUUACUGAAAACCUCCAGCAUGGAGAGGCUCUUGGAAGAUGUGGAGCAAAAAGAACAGCACCUGCAGCUCCUCGCUGAAGAGGCUGAGCGGGCUGCUAGACUGGGCCAGCUCCAGAGGAAGAAAACUGAGAGAGAACUCCGACAGAUGAGAAGGCAGCUUGCCCAGGAGCGCAGCGUGAAGCUGGACGCUUUCCAGCGCGUAGAAGAGCUACAAAGUCAGCUUAAUGACGCUGUGAGGUCGUCUGUCCUGAUGAGCUCACCGGGAGGCCUUAUAUGCCGGGCUCCGCACUCCCUCAGUUCUGCUUCCGCAUCAUCCAGAUACUCCCAGCAACACCUUUUAAAGACUAAUCUUAUGGGCAAUAAAAUAACAGGAAGGAUUCAGAGGCCGAAGACUGUACCUACUAAACACAAAAGAAAGAUUGACGAUGUCUUCCUACCCAAUGUGGCAGAAAAUGUUCAACUUUCAGCUUUUCAAGUUCAAACAGCUCCAUCCAGAAUCCCAUUUAGACCCGAUUGGUAA